UUUUUCGGUCUUAUGUCACUUCAGGUUCUAGAUUUGAGCUCCAAUGAGCUGAGCUACACCGAUGCCACAUUCGGAGCAAGAGCUUUUUCGGGGCUCAGCGCACUGAAAAAUCUGCGCAUUGAUAAUAACAACCGUUUGGAGGAUUUAUACAGGAGUGCAGAGGGCAGGGUUUACACUCACGACAAUACCGAAAUGAAAAAUGAUCACGUCAAUGCAACAGUUAGACGGAAACGAAUUCGUCAGUAUAACGACGCAGACUUCCAUUUUCUUCAUGACAGUGACCUUGACCUGAGACAUGAACCGGACAGUGACGUUGAUGGGCGACCAAAGACGGACAAGGACCUUGAUCAGCGCCCUAAGAAGGACAGUGACUUUAACCUGAGAUCUGAGGACAGGGGCCUUCACCGGCAACCUGAGAAGGACAGUGGCCUUAACCUGAGACCUAAGAAUGAUAGUGACCUUGGUUGGCGACCUGAGAAGGACAGAGACUCUGCCGUAGCAAAGAGUGAUUUAGAGAAUCGUGUGUUCAAAGGACCAACCGGCAACGGUCAAAGUGGCAGUCUCCUGGAGCCUGUCGGUGCUCGAUUUGAUGAGCCCGAAGCCCUUUUGUCCGACCACAAAGACAGAACGGUCAGAAACGAAUACCCUAAAGACGGAACGGUCAGGUACGAUUACCCCAGGGACGAUGUGGUCAGGUACGAUUACCCCAGAGACGAUGCGGUCAGGUACGAUUACCCCAGCGAAGCCUUAUCAAGUCUCGGGAAUCUGGAGGAACUUUACCUAGACGGACUCCCAAAUGUGGUGUUUGGUCCCGGUUUUGGAAACCUGGAAAAAUUAAGCAGUCUCCUUUUUUCAGAGGGCACAAGUUUACUGGGCCAUGUGCACCCUUCUCUUUUCAGUCAUUUAAAUGCAACAACCUCUCCGUUACAAAUUCGAAUGAAGUCUUGUAGUAUACAAAGCAUUCCCCGUGAACUGUUUCUGCCCCUUCAAAAUAUUGUUUCUCUUGAUUUAAGUGUGAACAGAUACCUAACAUUUGAGGGUAUUUAUAACGCGACAACCAGUUUGGCAAACUCCAACCUGACAGAGCUUUCAUUACCUUGGAUUGUGCCGCAGGGCGAAAAAGUCUACCAUGUACCCCGUCAGUUGUUUAUCAAUUUGAUCAAUACACCAUUAACACGAUUGGUUUUUAGUCAUAACAAGAUAUACUCUCUAGACACUUUGUUUUUUAAUUGCUUGCCUGCAGGUCUCAAAGAGUUGGAUUUGUCCCAUAACAAUUUGCUAGCGGCCGGGGCUUUGUUCUUUUUGGGCUGUAUGAAAAAUUUGAAAACCUUAGACUUAAGCACACAGCUUCAUUUUCAUGAAAGACAUAAUGCAAGCAAACCCGUCCAGCAUUGGGCCCAGACUGGCAGGAUAGAAGAAGGGACCCUGGAUGGUGACGCAGUUCCCACAUCGGCAAACGGCCAGUAUAAAUGUCCUCACGUUCAGGUAUAUCCGUUUAACCAACAGCAGGCUAAUCCAAUCAGAUGUCACUGUCCAACAUCAAGGACGCCGUUCACUUUUCAUGACGAAAAGACACACGUCAGCUCAGUUUCAAGUUUGAAAGAUAAGCAAGAUGACACUCAAGACACUUGGGGCGGGUUAGAUUCGCAGAAACAUGCGAGAAACGAUACAACGGAUUCAAAUACAGUGAAACUAUCGAAGUGCUUCCCCAAUACACCCAGUGAUGUGUCAGCCGCUGAGCUUGAAGCCUACGAGACACGUCUGCCCACAGAAAACCCCAGAGAUCUAAACAGCGGCAGAAACGUCGAUAAGGCUCAAGGGGAGGAGUUACCGGUCAGUAACGACGCCGUUGGCGGGGAAAGAAAAAACUACAGUACAUCCCGGAGUCCUCGAUUCAACAUGACGGAUGCGUCAGUUGAGGAUAAAAAUAGCUCUUCACUUCGCGAAACUCCGCGCGAGCGCAGUGUACUCUCAGACGUUGAACAGAGCUGGACACCGUCUGGACCUUGGACUCGUAUGGUAAAGAAAAACCCUGAGAUCCAUGAGGUCACGAUUCUUAGUGCAGCGUUCCCUUUUCCUCCCAGAUUAGAAGUGCUUAACUUGAGCCAAAUGAACUUGCCAUACCGGAUUCCGGAACUUAAAAUUGAAACUCCGAACAUAUUGAAACUUAUCGACUUCUCAUCCAACUACGCCACUUGUCUGGGAGGUCCGCUCAUAAACUUUGACCACCUUGAAUAUCUCGAUGUUUCUAAUAAUAACCUUCGCCUUAUGAACCCAGAUUUGUUCUCCCGCUCCACAAACAUCACGACAUUUCUAAUGAACAGUAACUACCUAGGACACGUGCUCAACCUGGACAAACAAGGGCGGAUUUUCUCGUACUUGGAAAAACUGGAGCGCUUAGAAAUGAGAUCAAAUCUUAUAUCAGCUCUGCCCCCUGCCAUUAUCUCAAGGAACGCCAACCUAAGAUUUCUGGAUCUGUCCCGUAACUUCUUGGAGACUUUUGAAGUCAAUCUGAGCAACUCUUCCCGUCUGCUGCUGCUCAAUCUGUCCCAAAAUUUGCUUCCCGGGUUAUCCGCCCCUUCUGUUGAUCAACUACGUCUGUUACGGCGGACUCAGGCUGUGUCGUUUGACAAAUUUCAACUGGACUUGAGGGGCCAGCUGUUGACGUGUUCCUGUCAGUUCUUGGAGUUUCUACAAUUCUUGUGCUCCGAACCCCAGGCAUUUGUACAUCCCAGCGAGCUCAGCUGCUCUAUGCCACAGGCGUGGCACAGACACAAGCUGAAACAAUUCCCUGACUUCUGUGCUGACCAAGCGCUGAUCCGGCAAGGUUGCCAUUCACAAGACACGUUUGUGGCCACGAUAGUCCUGUUCGCGGUUCUAACGUCCGCCCUGGUUCUGACGGGAGUGGCUCAGCUCUACGGCUGGCGGAUGCGCUACCUCUACUACAUGGGCCUGCACGGGAGCCGCUUCCUCGAGCUGCCCUACGCCACUGACCCCAGGAUUGACCUCUUCCUCACCUUUGACGGGGAUGACACAAGAAUCCGCUGCCUGGUAUUGUCCUACAUUUUACCCCGCUUGGAGCGCGAAGGUCUAGGCGUGCUGGUCGGAGAGCGGGAUUUUGAGGCUGGCCACGAGCUGACCCUCAUCUGUCGCGUGCUGGUGGACAGCCGAAAGGUGCUGGUGCUCAUGUCCAGGGACCUGUUCCAAGACAGUCUCCGGGAGUUCGAGGUCAACAUGGCCAUCAUCCAUGAGGUCAAGAACAGACGCCGAUUUCUUGUUCCCGUGUUUGUCGACCGGGUAGAGGAGAUUAUUCAAAACUGUCCUCGAGAAAUUCACGCUUUCCUGGACUCACAGCACGAGAGAUGUCUGCUCUACAGUGAGAACCAGCGGUUCUGGGAGAGGUUACUCGAUGACGUAAGACACUGAGGUUGUCCACACCGGUACCGUACAUGUCGGACAAAAUAGGGACAGGUCCGGGCGCGUUAACAGCAACCCAGAGCUGCAGCCACAGCGAUGACAAUAACAAGAACAGCAGCGGUGACAACAGCAGUGAAAACAACAGCAGUGACAACAGCAGCAGUGACUUUUCCACGGACGGCUAUCCUUUAAGUUUGUUUGAUUUUUCUUUUUAAAUAUGUAGAGGUUUUGCACUUCUGUUAUUCAAUAUUAACGGCUGCUUGCAGUGACAUAUUAUGUGUUUACACGAGGUUGUUUCCUCGUAUUUUCUUGUAAUACUUAUUUAUACCUCUACCUUUUCCUCCUCUUUUGCCUUUGAGCGUCGAUGGGAGGUGCAGUUUUCUAUGGUAGGCCAACUCUACAAAGCUUUUUCAGUUAAGAUGUUGUAGUUCCUCAGGAUUCUCUUGAGCCUGAAUGCUUGGAUUUACAGACUCUCGAGGCUGGCUGACCAGGUGACUUUCCCGACAGGUGGCCAUAACAUUUCAUUCUUUGCUUUCCCUGUGAACUACAGACAGGACUCCGUACCAGCAGCAGCUCGUAUUUCCCUUGAAUAUUCUAUAAAUAACGCGACUGGUAUAAUUAUCUUUGCUUUUUUGCCAUUGUAACAAAAGUGUUAUUGUUUUAGUUUUCGUAAGAGUUUUACCGCAUUUGCAACACAAUAAGGUCAUAUAUAGGUGCCGAAGA